UAUACAUUUUAUUUUGUAUGACUUAUGUUUAGAAUGCCGCCUCAUGUUGUAAUGAUCUUAAUAGAUCUCUUACAAGAUAGGAUGCAUCAUGAACGACAUUCAAUACCAAUUCAUCUAGUGGUUCUAUCAAUGCUGAGGUUUUUUGCUGAAGGUAGCUUCCAAAAAGGAUUUUCCAAUAAAUACCGACAUCCUAUGGGACAGGCCACAGCAAGCCGUUAUCUUGAUACCUUUCUACAAGCAAUAUUGCAGUUGACACCACAGUUUAUUCAAUUUCCUACUUCACAACAAGAAAGACAACAAAUUAGUGCUCAAUUUCAAAGGACGAUAAGAAUUCCUGGUGUUAUUGGAUUAGUUGAUGGUUUUAUAGUUUGCAUGAAACGUCCUUCUGAAAAUGAAGAGGCUUUUUUUAAUUACAGGCAUGGGCCAGGAAUGAAUGUCCAAAUUAUUGCAGACUGUAAUUAUCUAAUUAGGGGUAUCCGUAUCAUUCCCGGAAGUAACAACGACCAGUUUAACUGGAAUUUCAGUCAAGCUCGUGAGUACAUGGAAUAUCUAAGAAACAAUCCAGAAAUUGUACAAAAUGAAGGACUUUAUUAUAUCCUUGGAGAUAGUGGAUACGCUAGAUCUUCAACAUUGUUGACUCCAAUUCUUGAUGCUCCAGAAGGAACCCCAGCACAUGUUUAUACUGAAGAACACGUACACACACGGUGCAAAGUAGAGCAAACCAUUGGAAUUUUUACAGGCACAUGGAAAGUGAUAAGUAGAUCCAGAAAACUGUAUUACAGACCACGCAAAGUUUGGAUGCUUAUAAUGCAGCUGCGAUCUUACACAAUUUUAGAUUAAUGCAUGGAGCAUCUUUUGAUAUUCGCAAUAAUAACAUUCAUAUGAACAAUGAUGAAAAUAAUGACAUUCAAUUUCAAUUUCCCAAUGGGCAAGAAGAAAUUGAUGGUAUACU